ACCGGGCGGCCCCGGCAGCUCCGACGCCGUGCACCAGCCCAGCCAUCGCCGCCGAGACCGGCCCCGGCACCCGCGCCCCAGGUGAUGGUGUAGCAGCCGCUGCUGCCGGCAGCAGCCCCCCGAGCGCGAAGCUGGCUCCCUGCGCCAUGGUCACCCACAGCAAGUUCCCCGCCACCGGGAUGAGCCGCCCCCUCGACACCAGCCUGCGCCUCAAGACGUUCAGCUCCAAGAGCGAGUACCAGCUGGUGGUGAACACCGUGCGCAAGCUGCAGGAGAGCGGCUUCUACUGGAGCACGGUGACGGGCGGCGAGGCCAACCUGCUGCUGAGCGCUGAGCCCGCCGGCACCUUCCUCAUCAGGGACAGCUCGGACCAGCGGCACUUCUUCACCCUUAGCGUCAAGACGGAGUCGGGCACCAAGAACCUUCGCAUCCAGUGCGAGGGCGGCAGCUUCUCCCUGCAGAGUGACCCUCGCAGCAGCCAGCCCAUGCCCCGCUUCGACUGCGUGCUCAAACUGGUACAUCACUACAUGCCACCCACGCCUUGCGCAGUGCCCGAGCAGUCGGGGGCGGCCCUGCACCCCAAGCGCACCUACUACAUCUACUCGGGUGGUGAGAAGAUCCCUCUGGUGCUGAGCCGCCCACUUUCCUCCAGCGUCUCCACCCUGCAGCACCUCUGCCGCAAGACUGUCAACGGGCACCUGGACUCCUACGAGAAGAUGACUCAGCUGCCGGCUCCCAUCAAGGAGUUCCUGGACCAGUACGAUGCCCCCCUCUAAGGGGCCGGCAGAGCGAGGUUACAUGCUACAAGCACAAGAGCAGGGGGCAGUCACAAGGCUCCUCCGGCAUGGGGACUCGUGGGGCUCGCUGAGCUUCUCCCUCUGGGAAGGAGAGGAGGGAGACUGGGAUGAGCCACGGUGGGCCUCGGUGUGAUGGGGGAAGGUGGCCCUUUGUGUGGUGGGGGACUCCCCGCAAGGAAGAGUGACCCCCCCCUCUGCAAGGAAGGAGCCUGCUCCAGUCAGACUGUGGAUGUUACAGUGUGCCCAGCAUGGUGGCCACCCCUUUGUGUCCAGGAGAAGCCCGUCGGCAAAGCCAGGACAGCACCCACAGCAUGGGGGCACAUGAACCCCAACAGCCACAUCCCCACAGCCAGAGUGGGACUGCUCCUGGGGGGUCCUGAUGAGAAGCUCCUUGUGCCACGGGAGAAUGAAAACGCUGAGUCCAGUAGUGCCUGAUCACUUUUCCUCGGUUUUAAGGGGAAAGUGUUUUUUGCCCGUACUGUACUUUACCUCUUGCUGCCUCCUUGUGGGUGAAAGCUCCUUUCACACCAGGCCCCAGGCUUGGAGGUCGCUGCCUUUUUCCCCUCGGUGCCAUUUUCCCGGGGGAUUAAGCCUUAAUCUUCUCCCAGCCCCAUGAUCUGGGUUACUGCACAUCAUUUGGUAACACUGCACGGUGACAGUCCCGGUGACGUGCCGCCAAGCCAGAGGGGAAGCAGCAUGUCCUGGCACUGUAGAGCCCCUUGUGACCACAACUGUGAGGAGCACCCCGGGGACCUGGUGCUGCCACUGGACUGUACUCCCCAGUGUCACACCCCACCUCUGCCCAGCCACUCCCCGCAGACCCUGGCCACGCUGCUCUGUGGGGCACCGAUUCCCGCAGGAACGCAGCCAGAGGAUCCCCAUUGUCUCAUGAGCGCUUUUCUGUGUCUGCCUGGAGAAGCAGUUGGGUUUUCCUGUUUUUUUUUUUUUUUUUUUAAACCAAAGGGAUGUUUACAGGCCAAUGUGAAUCACUGUCUUUUAUAAAGAUUCCAUCUUCACCUUCAGCCUCGAGGGCUGAGCAAAACCAUGCUUGAAAAUUCAACCAAAACAAAACUCAGAUGAAACUUUGCACAUAUUUAUAUUUAUAUUCAGAAAGGAAAUGUUUCCAUAAUUUAUAAUAAAGAGCACUAUUUUUUAAUGAAAA